UUGUAAAAUUGAAUAGAAAGUUUCUUGAAAUAAAACAGUGCCAGAAAUAGCUUUAAAACAACUUGCGAAUUGAGAGCAGCUUUGGGCGUACAUGACUGAAGCAAGGUUAAAGAAAUAGAUCAAGAACGAGCAAAGAUAAUUUUAAAGACUAAAAGUGAAGGGAAAGCACAGAUUUUAUAGCCGCAACGCAGUAUUUUUAUUGUUAUCAAAAUAGAAAGCAAAAUAAACAUUAAUUAUUUUAAAAGAAAGAUGGUGCAACAACUGCGCCUCUUUUUCUGAGGUUCUGACGUCAAACUGGCUUCUGCGUCAGGCAAGGAAGAAAUAAAGACUCCGCGAGUCCCAAACUCUUUAAAUUUACAAAAUCACAGCGAGCCUUCAAAAAUGGGUCGAAAGAAAAUACAAAUUUCACGUAUCAAUGAUGAACGAAAUAGACAGGUGACGUUCACAAAACGAAAAUUUGGACUAAUGAAGAAAGCAUAUGAACUAAGCAUUUUAUGUGACUGUGAAAUAGCUCUUAUUAUAUUCAAUUCUGGCAAUAAACUGUUUCAAUAUGCCAGCACAGAUAUGGACAAAAUAUUACUGAAAUAUACAGAAUACAAUGAGCCACAUGAAAGCCGCACAAACGCUGAUAUUCACGAGACAAUAUCAAGAAAAGAAAAUAAGCAAUGUGGUUCACCCGAGGACGGUGAUGCAGCCAGUUUUGUUUUGACACCUCGUACAGAAAUGAAAUAUCAAAAAAUAAAUGAAGAAUUUGAGAUGAUGAUGAAGAAAACGAAUGGUAGUGGUACUGAAUCUCCCUCGAUUCCAGCACUAUAUGGUUCACAAGAGCAGAGGUAUAGCCAGCAACAGCAAAAUAUGAUGCGGAUGCCUAAUAUGGGUCCGCAGGGAUAUCAACAAAUGCCUUCAAUAACACAUCCUUUGCCAUCCCCCAGAGAAGAUUCAAAUACUGGAAAAGAUCCCCGUUCUAACACACCACUGCAAAGAGAUGGAAGGUUGUCUAUAAGCCCACAUCCUUCUCUCCAUCAUGCUUUGAGUCCUCCUCCACAGUCCUUGCCACUACCGUCAAGAAGUCCUCACACAAUGAACCAACAAAUGACACAAAAUGGUAAUUUAGUGCAAUCAAGAGGUGGUACUCCAAUAUUAAAAACUGGGAUGCAAAAUUCAAGAGCUCAACAAAAUCAAACUCCGAAUCAAAUUAUGCACGUCAAUGCAGACUCGUCUCUGUCAACUCCAAUAGUGUCACUAGCUACUCCAUCCUUUCCUGGAAUACCUUCAAAUUUUCCUUCAGCUCUUCCGUCUAGUUACUCAGGUUAUGGUGAAAUGGACAGCAGCCAAGUGCAGUACCAUGGAUCAACAAUAAAUAACAAUCAUCCUGGCUCGACUUCUUUGACUAUGUCUCAUCACCAACAGGACAUGGGAAAUUCUUUGCAACGUUCUCAUCCGAACAUGGCAGGAAACAAACAUGGUGUCAACAUUAAGGUGGAACCUCCUGAUCACCUUCGUGUGACGUCACCAUCAAUGCAUGCUUUUUCACACCCAAGUCAAUAUAGUUCACAAAGACAUAAAGAACUAAUGGACCAAAGUAAUAUGAUACCGGGAGGAGGCGGUGGUGGCCCCAUGUCUAAGAGGCCACGUAUAGAUGGGCGCACUGAUGGAUGGCAAUGACAAAACGCCCAACAGCCUGCACGUGUCUGUAAAUGAGCUGGGCGGUUUGUGAUUACAGUCAUAAAUACAGCAGUUAAUUCGAAACAAAGUUUUGAUGAAAAGGAACACGUUAGCCUCAUUUUUAUUAUUUUUUUUAAACAAAAAAAGAAACCGUAGAAAAGUACCUGUCCAUAUCACAAGAUACGUUCUUAAAAUACAAAAGAUCAGGACUUGUGAAGUGUGAUGCAGGCGUAAUUUUGUUUUGAUAAAUGAUUGACAUCAAAAUUUAAAACAAUCACAAUAUUGCUCCGGUGUAUAACUAUAAUUCUAUUAAUCACGAAUUCAAAUUUUAGAAAUAUAUAUUAAAACUCAAGUACAUAAUGUAAAUAUAGACUUAAAAUUAUUAAGUGCCUGUUUACACGUGAUAAUAACUUGACAUUUUUUGUACAUUAAUAUUUCUACCAGUUAGUUAUGUAAAUGGCCAGCCUCGUUUUUGGAUUUAUAUUUUCCCGGUUCCCUUCGAAUCAAAACGAGGUUGACGAAACUGGUACACACUACCUACGCUUUAUUAUUCAAAGCGUCUGGAUUUAAGGUCUUGAUAAAUACAACAAACAUUUUAUGGUUCCGUGCUUAUGUUCCCUUUUUUUUAUUCUUCAGAGACAGCUUAGCUUGUCCACCAUUUUGAGAAAAAGCUCUAACAAACUUUAUGAUAGAUGUGCUUUAAAACUAAAAAAAGAUCUUUUAGUCAGUGUGACUACGUCUUAUUUGUUCGUAGCUAAAUUUUAAGUUGUUUUAGAAAUGAUACAAUGAGAUUUUUUCUUCUGUGGUUAAAGUAUAUCACUGGUUCCGUUCCCUUCCGAAAUUCUAAGUUAAGUUUUUUUACCAAUAUUUUUUGUAAUUAUUAUUAGCGCGAAUUAUUAUAUACUUAGGACCAAAUUAUAUGUAUAUAGCCUUUAUGAAAACUAUGUUGACAGUUUUUUUUAUUUGUAUUGAGUCGUGUUCGGGAAGAUUUCUUAAUCCUU